CAUUUCUCGCAUCGAGAGAGUGGAAGAAAGAAAUACACAGAACUUGCGGCAAACGAAACGAAUCGCCUCUUCCACCACCGCUCAGACAGUCACUCUUCCCACAUAUUCAUUCCCUUUUCUUGCCUCGUUCGAGCUUCGUUCGUUUCACGGGGAGACCGUUUGGCGAGUCGGAAAGCGCUCGGGAAAAAGGAGAAGAAAGAGCAGAGCAAAACGAAGGAAGGAAGGAAGGAAAAAAUGGUGCUGUGGGAGAUCACGCUAGCGACGGCUUACUUCUUGGGACUGAAACGGACCUACAGGCUCGCUCUCAAGCUACAACGCAAGGCCGUCAGCCCUAAGCAUCCUAAGAUCCGCGAGUUUCUCCACAGGCGGACACGUGCAGUGUUCAGUGCUGCUCUUUCAGUCCACCAGAAUAUACAACAGAGAGACUUGGAAGUAGGCAGGAACGUCGGCAACUGGAUUCUCCGAUGGCUCGAUAGGAUGAAGCCUUCUGCUGGGAUCCGCCCUCACGAUCAAGUCACGUCAUCAAAUAUACGAAAGAUAACUCAGUCAAGCAGCAGCGCCAAUAACCUAAAGAAUUCUUCGGGCAGUGUCCAGUCAUCCAGAAAUGGCGAAUCAUCCAACAGGCAUCUCUUCUCUUCCUAUAGAGCCACAUGGUCUAAGCCGUUCCCUACUAUCGCAAUGAUGAUCAGGCCGCCAAGACCUGCUGGAACUACGACACAGUACAGGCACCUCAAUAGCUGGACAGGUCCUGAGAUGUUCGGACGAAGCCCUGUGAUCGGCACAAGUGGUUUCGGUGGAUUGCUGAGGAAGGAUGUAAUGCAGUAUCUACUGCAGAACUGAAAUAUGGAAAUGCAAGUGAUCAUUGCAAGAUUUCUGAUGAUGGUUCGACUGGCUUAGGUAAUAGCUUCCAUCACUCAUCAGUGUGAAGAAUAAUGGAUUUUUGUUGCCUUUUGGUACUUGGGGCAGCGAAAUCAGACUAUGCAAUAUCCAGUUUUUGUGUUUUCACUGUACAAACUGGUGUCCAAGUGUUGAUCUUUAUAGAUCCACUGGUAUGUAGCACAUCCAUAGUUUGAACAUCAAAAGCUUUUGUGACUGUUCUUUAGCACUCUGUAACAAUGUUGCUGAAAUUUCAAUUUAGAUCUUAAUACCUUACAAUUUUACUAUAUCAACGAUUCGAGUUUACAAUGAACCAUCCAACUGCAUCUUCCAAUAGUUAGAAUAUAAUUUUUUCUGCAACAUUUCCUUUGCACUUGAUGAAUAAUAAGUGUAUGAAGAAAUCUUACACAGGAACCAUUUCAUACAUUAAUAGUUUCAAAACACCAUAAAUUUUGAUGGACUGAGAAUGAGCUCCAUCUCCAGAGUGGAAUGAAUGAACUUGAUUCUUCAGCUCAAUCCAACUGCAACCUCCAUUCUUCUUCAAUCCCUUUUCCUUCAUCAGCUUCCUAACUUCCAAAACGUCCUUCCACCUCCCAGCUGAAGCAUACAAGUUCGACAAAAUUACAUACCCUCCAGAGUCUCUCUCUGCUGCUGGCCAUAACUUCUUUGCCGUUCUCUCUGCCAGCUCCUCGUUCUUAUGCCUUUGACAGCCGCUCAGUAGAGCUGCCAAUGCAUUGGGCUCCGGUUCAACUGGCAUUGAUUCAAUGAGCUCCUCAGCUUCUUCCAGUCUCCCUGCUCUUGAUAGCAUGUCGACUAGACAUGUGUAGUGCGAACCGUUCAUUUUUGUCUCAAAGGUUCUGAAGUACUGGAGUCCUCUGUUGACUAAGCCAGAGUGAGAGCAGGCGAAGAAGACCGAGGAGAGCAUGAGGUCGUUAGGUGGAGUUCUACUGUCCAUCUCGUCAAACAGCUUGAGGGCUUCCAUCGCGAAUCCACUCUCGGCAAGCCCCUGGAUCAUCACAGUCCAAGUGAACUCAUUUCUCUGCGGCAUUCUGUUGAACACCCUACAGGCACCCUCCACAUCGCCCGAUUUCGCGUACAUGUCAGUGAGAGCAGUGCCUACAAACACGUCCGACUGAAUCCCAAGCUUGAUUGCUUUGCCAUGGAUGUUCUUCCCUUUUUCCAAAGAAGCUGUGGUUGCACAAGCACAUAGCAGAGAAGAGAAUGUGGAUUUAUUUGGCCGUUCUCCAAACAAAAGCAUCUGAUUGAAUAGGUCUAACACCUUGUCAAAUUGCUUGUUAUCCAAGUAACCGGUGAUCAGAGCACUCCACGAGACGCUGUUAGGUGAAGGCAUUGCUUCAAACAACGAGUUGGCUUCUUCCAUUUGUCCAUUGAACCCAUACCCGCCAAUCAUGGAGUUCCAGGUGACAACAUUCUUCUCUGCAACGGAAUCGAAUAACAGGCGUCCCUCGUUAGUCUGCCCACAUUUACAGUAGAGAUCAAUAAGAGAGCUGGAGAUGUACACAUCUCUCUCCAUCCCGAUUUUCACCGUAUGUCCAUGGAUGUUCAUCCCGGAUUGCAGAGCCUUGACAGCGGUCAAUGCGUUUAUAACACUAGAGAGGCAUGAUACAUUAACGAGUUUUCCCUCUCGUACCAUUUUGUGGAAGAGGCUCAAUGCUUCUUCGGGAUGGCCACUCUGGCUAUACCUAGAAAUCAUUGCGCUCCAUGAAACUUCAUUUCUCUGAGGCAUCUCGUCAAAGAUUCUUCUCGCUUCGACCAAAUCCCCAUUCUCGACGUACAUAUCUAAUAUGCCUGUCCAAGAAACUACAUCUCUUUCCGCCAUGCUAUCAAACACUCUCCUGCUAGAAUCUGUUUCGCCCAUUCUCAAGAACAAUGUGAUCAAAGAAUUGGAAACUGACAACUUAUGUUCAUUUCCAGUCUUGAUAAUCAAACCCAACAAACUCAUCCCUAACCUGAACUCACCAGUUUCUGAGCACGCCUUGAGAACCGAUGUAAACGUGACUUCAUUCGGCCUGAUCUCUGAUUCACAGAGCUCCAAGAACAUGCUCAAAGCCUCUAACAUCAAACCAUUCUGGACGAACCCGCUAAUCACAGCCGUCCAAGAAACCACAUUCUGAAACGGGUUCCUCCUAAAAUACCACAAUGACUCGUCAACUCUCCCCGACUUCAUGAACCCCGAAAUCAACGAAGUCCACGACACCUCGUUUCUCUCGGGCAUUUCGUCGAACACCUUGCGAGCUUUGUCAAGUUCCCCCGACUGUAGGCUAGCAUUUAUGAAACAGUUGUGCACGACGAGAUCAAACCGAUCGAAUUCCUUCGCAACCUGAUGAGCUUCCGCGGGUUUCCGGCCAGUUAGAUACAUUAUCAGGAGCUUCACGGAGAUGUACCUCUCGGAGGAAGUACCGGUUUUGAUCAAAUGGCCAUGGAGGACGGUUCCUCGAGCGAUGGUGGUGGUUUUGAAGAGAGACAAGCAUUUGGACACGAAAGCUUCGAAAUUCGCAGCUGGGUUUGGAACUAGCAGAGACUUGACGGCACUUCUCAUAGAGAAAUGGCAAUCGCACAAACAGUCUAAGCCGUCGGAAGCGGCUCUGUUGCAAUUCGAUCGCUCGGCAAAACCUUGAAGGUCGUCUGAAUCGCACUUUGAGGUAGCGACUUCGAGCGAAUCUGUUGACGGGUAAUGAAACUGAGAUGGAAUUAGCAGAUAGAGCAGUUGGGCUUCUGUUGACUCUCAUCAGCUUAUCUAUCUUCACAUAUUUUACCUUCUGGGUUAUCAUCGUGCCAUUUGUAGACAGCGAUCACUUUGUUCACCAAUAUUUCCUGCCUCUGGAGUAUGCCAUUAUCAUACCGGUAUUCGCUGGUGUAGCCCUUCUCUCCUUACUGUCUCUGUUCGUUGGCUCUGUGAUGCUUAAAUCCAGGAAGAAGAACAAGAAGGCAUGAUUCAGCUUACCUAAUUUCUUUUGUCACUGAUGUAGAGCUGCUAGGAGAAUUUUUUUGGUUACUUCCUUACACGUCGCUCUGGAACGUGUAUUCUAUUGGCGGGUUCUAACGUUGGUUUUUAACUAUGAGGUAAUAGGUUCAAAUUUUUUAAGUAGCGCCUAACAAUAAAACUAAAUCGAUUUCACUCUUAUAAAAAAAAUAUAUAUCGUUGUUGUUUGUUAUCAUAUACAUUCGUCCAAUC